AUGAGUAGGAUUCGCUGGCGCCGCGGCUCAUUUCCAGGUUUCCGCUGGGCUGCCUCCCAUCCCACGCGCGCGACACUCCUGGGAUUCGCCGGCGCUGGAGAGCGAAACUUCGGCGGUGUUUGUGAUCGGAAAAGCACCCCCAAGUUGUUCACUGAUGGUGGUGGUGGUGAUAGUGGUGGCUAUGCCGCUUUCUGUCUUCUACCCUACGCUGUCUUCUCCACAAUCAACUUUGUAUGCACAGAAGGGCUAUGCACGUGUGCCAGCCGAAAUCGCUGCAGUCCAGCUAAGCCGAUUGCUGCGGCUCGUCUCCCCUGGCGCCUCCGAUUUCCUGGCGCAGCGGCGACAGUAGCCCGGAGCUCCAAGUGUGGUUGGAUCCGGCUGGAGGGCCCGGCGCACCGCCCGGGAGGGUCGGAAAAUGGAACCUCAACUGCUCACUACGAUGCAUUGAACCUCCCUACCGCGUCGGUCCAGCGCGGGAGAAGACAUCUGCCCACCUGCUGGUUAUUCGCCAAGGACGAGAUUGGACCAGGUCGCAUACGUGGCGCCAGCCUUAGGAUGUCUGAUUGGAGAAAGGCUGUGUGCGCCGCUCCGGAGCCGGACUCCUGGAAGGAGAAACGGAGGCCGGGAGAUCAAGGCUGCAGUUCUGCUCGAAUGCAGACGCCGGAAUCACCUGGAGGGCUUGUUGAACACGUAGUGAGGCGUCCUCGCAUGAGUCCUCACAGGAUUGUGGUCCUGUGGCCCCACCACCCGCUACCCGCCGGGGUGCUGCCGGCCCUGGGCGCCCCCAGUGGCCCGGCGCACUGGCUGUCGGUGCUGUUUCUGAUGUACGUCCUUGGCUUCGCAGCAUUUUUGGCUGUGAUAAUCCUGGUGCCCUUCAGACUCAGGUUAAACGGAAUGUGCGUCAUUAUUUUUAGUUGCUUUAUUUGCAUUGGGCAGGUUAUUUUUGCUCUGGGUGGACUAUUUAAUGCUUUUUGGCUGAUGGAGUUUGGAAAGUUUGCGUUUGGGACUGGUGAGGAGUCCUUAGCAGUUGCUCAGAAUACAUAUGCUGUGAAUCGGUUUAAAGGCAGAGAAUUAAACUCGGUGUUUGCGCUCCAACUUAGCAUGGCUAGAAAUGGAAGUUCAGUAACCAUAAGCCUCUUGGGAUGGCUAUAUUCUAAGGUUGAAGCUUUGUUGGGUUCUGUUGGUCACACAACGCUUGAGGUCACACUUACGACUGGGGGUAUAACAUUUUUUUCAUUAGUUUGUGCCUUGGACUUUGCUUACCUGUAUCAGAGAGCGGAAAGAAUCCUUCAUGAAGAACAAGGGAAAACAGGUGAGGUUGUUAAGUUGCCUGAUUUUUCCUCACCUCUGUGGUGGUGCAUGUUUAUCGACUGUGUUUGCUACUGUGUUGCCGUGUUCCCUUUCAUUGGACUUGAGAAAGUUUUUUUUCAGAGAAAUUUGGAUUUUCCUCCCCAAGUAGUGAGUGCUAUUAACAAUACUGUAUAUGUAUUAAUAAUAUCAGCUCCCAUGUCACCAGUAUUUAAGCUCCUGGUGGGUAAAGAAUGA